GGCGGGGCUGGAGGGGGGUGGUUCGGCGCGGGGGCCGUUGGCUCCAGACAAAUAAACAUGGAGUCCAUCUUCCACGAGAAACAAGAAGGCUCACUUUGUGCUCAACAUUGCUUGAAUAACCUAUUGCAAGGAGAAUAUUUUAGCCCUGUGGAGCUGUCUUCCAUUGCCCAUCAGCUGGACGAAGAGGAGAGAAUGAGAAUGGCAGAAGGAGGAGUCACCAGUGAGGACUAUCGCACUUUUUUACAGCAGCCCUCGGGAAAUAUGGACGACAGUGGUUUUUUCUCUAUUCAAGUUAUAAGCAAUGCCUUGAAGGUUUGGGGUUUAGAACUAAUUCUCUUCAACAGUCCAGAGUAUCAGAGGCUCAGGAUCGAUCCCAUAAAUGAAAGAUCAUUCAUAUGCAAUUACAAAGAACACUGGUUUACAGUUCGAAAAUUAGGAAAACAGUGGUUCAACUUGAAUUCUCUCUUGACGGGUCCAGAAUUGAUAUCAGACACAUACCUUGCACUUUUCUUGGCUCAAUUACAACAGGAAGGUUAUUCUAUAUUUGUUGUGAAGGGUGAUCUGCCAGAUUGUGAAGCUGACCAACUUCUACAGAUGAUCAGGGUCCAACAGAUGCACAGACCAAAACUCAUUGGAGAAGAGUUAGCACAGCUGAAAGAACAGAGAGUUCAGAAAACAGAUCUGGAACGAGUCUUAGAAGCAAAUGAUGGGUCAGGCAUGUUAGACGAAGAUGAGGAAGAUUUGCAGAGGGCUCUGGCACUGAGUCGCCAGGAAAUCGACAUGGAAGAUGAAGAAGCAGAUCUCCGCAGGGCUAUUCAGCUCAGUAUGCAAGGUAGUUCCAGAAAUGUGUCCCAAGAUAUUCCACAGACAUCAGGUACACAUCUUACUUCAGAAGAGCUACGGAAGAGAAGAGAAGCCUACUUUGAAAAGGUGAAGGAAACCCAGUCAAAUGUAAGUCAUCAAACGAAAAUGGAAUUGGACCAAAGCAAGAACAAUGCCUUUGGAUGUGCUUCUUGGUGACCUGAGCAACCUUGCAAAGUUCUGCUGUCAGUUAACAGGGAAAACAGCACUGUGGUCGGGGAGCACACGCCCAGAUACAGACGGUGGUUAAUUGUUGUUCUUACUGCCACUUCAGGGGUUACUGCGGGCCUGUCCGCAUCAGGGACAUGGGGCAAACCAUAAAUCCUAAAACCUAAAUCUGUCAGUGCUCUCAAACCAGAAAAUAAAAAUUAUCAUCCUUUCCAGUAACUACCAUUCACAACUUGUCUUCCCUUUUUCUUUUUUUAAUGGGGGGAAAAAAAAAGAGGUUACAAGGUAGUAUUUAGAGAGACUGUGCAGAUCCUCGGAUCCCAGGUCAGAAACCAAAAGUCCAGCAGCUGAAUCUAGCCUGUUCACUGUAUUUCAUCAAUUCUGAGAUGUAUGUAUUUUCACAAUUCAACAUCUCUAUAAUCGAGAAGCGUCUCACAAUCCUAAUUGGCAGUAUUAGUGGGAGCUGAAAUAGUGGAGCAUUAUGAUGGUGCAAUGAAGAUAAUAUUUACCUUGUUUUCUGUUUUGUUUUGUUUUUUUAAGUUACAAUCAGAAGUAUAUGAAGGAAAGUUCUGAUCAACUGACAUCCUCUUAAUGUGAGAUAUUUCUAGUCUUUAUUCAGCGAUAGGUUAAUGGAUUUAAUUAUAUAUAAAAUUUCAAAAUUGUGCUUAUUAGUGCUUUUCACUUCCUUUCAAAUUUUAAAGUGAACUUUUAAAUUCUUUGAUUAUGAUAAACUUCAAAUAUCUAUAAACGUAGAGAAACCAGCAUAAUGAACCCGUUUACCCAUUGCUCGUGUUUAACAAAUGCCAGCACGUGGCCAGGCUUGGUUUUCUGUGACCCCAUCUCUCAUGCAUUCCACUCUCCCACCCCCAAGCUGGGAUUAUUUGGUAACAGAUCUAAAUUAUUGUAUCAUUUCAUCCAUUUUUUUUUAAUAUUGCCAAAUGUUGUCGUCACACUGUUAAUAAUUAUCAUAUGAUAAUUAUUAAUCAUUCUGUCAUGUCAUCAAAUGUCUAGUUAGUGUUAAAAAAUAACUUAAGGGGUGCCUGGCUGGCUCAGUCAGUGGAGUAUGCGACUCCCAUGUUCAAGUCCCAUGUUGGGUGUACAGAUUACUUAAAAAUAAAAUCUUAAAAAAAAAAAAAGUGAAACUAAUUAGAUAAAAACUUACAUUUGAGAAAAUUUAUUUUAAGAUAUAUCAAAAUCAAACAAUCCUGACUUUUGGUGUGCCUGGGUGGCUCAGUCGGUUGAGCAUCUGGCUCUUGGUUUCAGCUCAGGUCAUGAUCUCACAGUUUGUGGGUUCAAGCCCCUUGUUGGGCUCUGUGCUGAAACAGAAGGGAGCUUGCUUUAAAUUCUCUCUCUCCUUCUCUCUCUGCCCCUCCCCCGCUUACAUUCUCUUUCUCUCUCUCUCUCUUUCUCUCUCUCUCUCUUUCCUCCCCUCUCUUCUCAAAAUAAAUAAACUUAAAAAAUCCUUUAUUUUAAUAACUAAUGUUAGUAUUUUGACACAUUCUCUUCUACUCACACACACGUAUAUGGUGUUAUUAGUUACACCCAUUUCCCAUAAUAGUAAAUAGUCUUUGUAAUAUACUGAUUUUUGCUAUUAUAAUUAAUAGUGCAGGGGCAGCUGGGUGGCUCAGUCAGUUAAGAGCCCGACUUCGGCUCAGGUCAUGAUCUCACGGUUUGUGAGUUCAGGCCCCACAUCGGGCUCUGUGCUGACAGCUUAGAGCCUGGAGCCUGUUUCAGCUUCUGUGUCUUCCUCUCUCUCUGCCCCUCCCUCCCCUGCUCGUGUUCUGUCUCUCUCUCAAAAAUAAAUAAAUGUUAAAAAAAAUUAUAUAAUUAAUAGUGCAGUGAGCAAUCCUGUACUGAUGCCAUGCCUCAAAUUUCUCACCAUUUCUUCCAGUUAUUCUGAGGUUUUUGGGUUAAAGGACAGAAAUAUUUUUUAAAGUCUUGGUAUGGAUUUCUAAACUGCUUUCCAGAACGGUUCUCAAAUGAUACUUCUAUCAUGCUUAUUUCACAUUCUAUUUUUUGCCAGAACAAAUUGGUCCAAACAGACGUACCUUAUUGACAAACUGCAAGAUUCACAAGUAGAUCUAAGAAAAGGAAAACAUCUUUAAAGUAGAAAAACAAAUCCCUUCUUUACUUAAAAAAUUACUUUAGGUUGGAGAAGCCUGGGUCACUCAGUCGGUUAAGCAUCCAAUUCUUAAUUUAGGCUCAGGUCGUGAUUCCAGGGUCAUGGGAUCGAGCCGUGCGUGUGGGGCUCUUGUGCUGAGCAUGGAGCUUACUUAAGAUUUUCUCUCUGUCUGCCCCUCUCCCCCAUCAUGUGCGCAUGCUCUCUCUCUAUGUCUCAAAAUUAAAAAAAAAAAAAGUUUAUUUCUUUAAAUGUUUGAGCAUCAGUGAGGCUCCUUCCUGGUUGGAGGACAGUGGAUUGGGAAGGAACGUGGGCAGUGAUGGUUUCCAGCCCCAGCGGCAUCCUCUGAGCCUGGCCUGACCUUCGAAAUAUCGGUGGGAAUUUGAGAACUAGAGAAUAUCUUAUAGAGUCACAAGUUGCUGAGAAGAGUUCAGAACGAACUUCUUGGUGUUUCUGUCCACCAUUGCGUAGCAUCCAGAGUCUUGUUAGACUCAGUAGUAAAGGAGCUGAGGAACAGCUGUAGUUUCAAAUAUUAGGCCUUUCACCAGAAUUCCUGAUUAUUAGGCCUACAGGUUCUCUCUAGCUUCUGUCCCUGGGAACUUGGCUCUAAGGUUAUCGCGCUCUUCCCUCUGACCCUCUCCAGACUGACCCUGGUGCUAACUGUUAUUCAAACAAAUUCUGAAUUCAAAUUCAGGGUUUUUUUUUAUUCAAAUAGUUUAUUUUG